GACGGGACCCACAGCCCCGCACCCCGGCCGGGACAGGAUGACUGUCCAUUCCGGCCAGUGUUGUCGCAAGAGGAUCCGUCCUCGCAAACCACGAGGCUGGGGGUCCCCGCUGCAAGAGGACAUUGCGUUGCUGAUGCCAUGGUGUCACCUCUGGGCAGAGCUGGCUGAGGACGAGGAGGAUGAAGAAGAGGAAGAAGAGGUGGAGAAUAAAGACCCGCCAAAAAAGCUCAAAAAGAAGCUUCCUAAAGACCCCCCCUCAGGAGAGAGCCGAGAGAAAAAGCUGAAGCCGAAGGGAGACAAGAGUGACUCUGACAGCAAAGCCAAAUCUGCCAAAAGCACCAAGAAGGAGCAAAUGUCCGUGUUUCAGGUGAAGAAGGAGAAGAAAAGCAAGAAGAAAGUCACCACCAGCAGUGAUGAGGAGGAUGAUUCUGACUCCAGCACCAAACCCAUCAGGUCAGAGAAGAAGAAAAACCCAGCAUCCCUCUUCCAGACUGGUGGGGACCCCCCCAAGGAGAAAAAAUCCAAAAAGAAAGUUCCUCCCAAAGGGGCUGAGAGUGAGGAGGAGAUCCUGGAAACCCUGCAGAAAAACUCCAACAAGAAGGGGAAAGCAAAGAAAUCAAAGAAGGUACAAAGGUCCCCUCAGAGCCAUGGGGGUCCCCUUGGGGUGGGGUGGGGGAGAACAGCUGUUCCACCCAGGGUGAGCUGGGAGGCUGCAGCAUCCCCCAGCAAGACCCACUGCAGCAUCAUCUCCAAAGCCAUCAGUUGCAGGGCCACAGCCCAGGGGGGAAUUGGAAGCAAGGAGCAAUUGGCUGGGAAAGGAGGGGGGCUUUCAGCAGGUUUGACUUUGGGGUCACCUUCCCCUCUCAUGAAGCAGCUGAAGGAGGAGAGGCCCCCAUCUCCUGUCAUUGAGGUGGACAACCUGGAGGAGUUCGUGCUGCAGCCGGCGCCGCAGGGGGUGACCAUCAAGUGCCGGGUGACACGGGACAAGAAGGGGAUGGACCGGGGGCUUUACCCCACCUAUUACCUUCAUUUGGAUAAUGACAAGAAGGUGUUCCUCCUUGCUGGGAGGAAGCGUAAGAAGAGCAAAACCUCUAACUACCUCAUCUCCAUCGACCCCACUGACCUGUCACGGGGGGGAGAGAACUUCAUCGGGAAGCUGAGAUCCAACCUGAUGGGUACGAGGUUCACAGUGUUCGACAAUGGUGCAAACCCCGACAGAGCCAAUGCUGACUGGUCCAAUGUGCGGCAGGAGCUUUCGGCCGUGGUCUAUGAGACCAAUGUUUUAGGCUUCAAAGGUCCCCGGAAGAUGACGGUCAUCAUCCCUGGGAUGAAUGCUGAUGGUGAGAGGGUGCCCAUCCGUCCCCGAAACGAUAAUGACGGCCUCCUGAUGCGAUGGCAGAACAGAAACAUGGAUAAUGUAAUUGAGCUGCACAACAAGGCACCAGUGUGGAAUGACGAGACCCAAUCCUAUGUCCUCAACUUCCAUGGCCGGGUCACCCAUGCCUCUGUCAAAAAUUUCCAGAUUGUUCAUAGCAGUGACCCCGACUACAUCGUGAUGCAGUUUGGGCGUGUGGCGGAUGACGCCUUCACCAUGGACUACAACUACCCUCUCUGUGCUGUGCAGGCCUUUGCCAUCGCCCUCUCCAGCUUCGACGGGAAGCUGGCCUGCGAGUAGCACCUGCACUGGGCCUGCUGGGACCACUGGGACCGCCUGCCAGUGCCCGGCGUAUGCUCCUUCAUCCCUGUCCUGUUCCGUUCCCUGUGUUUCCACCUUCUGUCCAGUGCAUGGUUGCAGUCACAGUUGCUCCUGGGGUGGUUCACAGAGCAUGAUGCUUGCCAAGCACCAUGGGAUGCUCAUCCAGCUGCAGCCACCCUCUCUGAGCAAAUUCAGGACAGAUCGCUGGUCUGGGGUGAUGGUAGAGUCAGGCCUGAGGUAUAUUUAGCAGAUGAGGCUGACUGUGAGCCCUAUCUCAUCCCUUUGAGAUGUUUCUUGGACUCGGAUCCUGGAAACUCAUCCCCCAUUUUUUUCUUUUUUUUUUAGAUUCUGAUUUGUAUUUUUAUGCUCAGUCCCCCAGUGAGAGAGUGGUCUCCUUGCUCUGUGUUUUUUCAUCCCUCUGUGAGUCUGCACAGAGCCCACAUGCAGAUGGGCUCUGCCCAAGCUCCCAGCUAGAGCCCCCCAUCCUGGCUCGAUGCCCACUGGGCACAAAGCCCUUCUUUUGCCCCAUUUUGUCCUGGUGUGAGUGGAUGGCCAGUGCCCAUGGUGUCUUUUCACCUACUGGGUCUCACCCCGCUGCCCAGAAACUGUUGGGGAUUUGAGUCCCUGAGAAGCAGCCUGGCACCCAGAGCACUGACAACCUAUGGGCACGUGCUGAGGGAUGGUGGUGCCAGUGGAGGAGGGCCAGCAGCCACGUGAGGCAGAGCUGGCAUUGCUGGCAGGGGGCCCAGCUGGGUCAGUUCUCCAGGAGGGACCUGGAAGAGAAAACUGAGGGUGCACCAGGAAGCAAUGGAGUGACUCAUGAGGUGUGGUGUGGUGCUGAGUCAUGCUCAGCACCCAGACAGGCCCUCCCAAACCCCCUGUGCCUCUACCACUCACUGCCCCUUCACUCUGCAACAUCCCUCCAGACCCCACACAUCCUGGGUGUCCCCACUGCUGCAACCGGCCCCACUGGUGCUCCCUGUUCAUGGGGAGGUGGUGACCAGAAGGUGCCACCCCCUGUCUCAGACUGGUGGGGUAUCAUGGGGAGCUGCAGGGAGACAGUGAGAAGGGGAGAUGCUGGAGAGGGGUUAGCUCAGUGAGAGCAGAUCAGCCCAUGCUCCUACUGCAGCACAAUCCCACCUUUAUGGAGCGAGGAUUUGGCUUCAAAGACAGUCCCAAAUCUGAUUAAUUCAGUGAUAAGAAAUACAGGGAUAUGCCAAGGUCCCCUGAAACACUAUCCUCAACUCCCUGAGCUGUUUCUCUUACCUGCUCAGCUAAUGCACUGACCCGAGGACAAUUUGGGCUUCCUUUCCCAGGACACAUAUAGGUUGUUUCCCCAUUCUGGAGGUGAUCUGAACCCCUCAAGUUAUUGCAUCUGAGAGGUAGCUGGAGCAGUCGGGCUGAGGAGUAGUAGAUGGAUGAGACAGAUGUAAUUGUGCAAGAGGGAUGCUCGUCCUCACGGGACAGUGUUGCAACACUGACAUGGCCCGAACCUGUCUCUGCAUGGAGCUGAGGACAGAUGACAGUGACAGUGGGACUACGAGCUGCUGCUGAACCACUGCCGAACAUCUUGCUCUGGUAGCUUUGCAGAUGAGAGUGAAAAUUUUCUCACCAGCUGCAUGAAUCCAGGCUCCAUCAUUCAUCAGCAGAUGCUCAUGGCAGGGGCAGAGGGAGGUGGACAGCUUGGGGACAACGGGCUGGCAUGGGACAGUGUCCAUUACCCGUGCAGCGAGAUCAGAGACUGUCUUGUGAGCUAAAGGGAGAACCAGCCACAGCAGUUCAGGGGCAGCAUCCCUCGUGAGGUAUGGCCAGCAAAUGUGGGGAAAGCAAGAGCUUUCUGCCCAAAUCCAGCCAGGAACUCAACAUCUGUUUGAAACUGGGACAAGCUCAGCUGAUGGUUGAGCUAACACUUGUCCCUGUUUCCUCCAGUGGAAGCAGAAAAGAAGCAGCAGGGUGAGAGAGAGGGGUUUGGGCUCCCCAAGUUCUGGCUGGAGCACAAGCUGCUGUUAUCCCAGCCGUUCCCCAGGAUGAUUCUCCCUUCCCUCACCCAAGAAGUCUCCGUUUUGCCGGUUGUUGCUCGCAAACCCCUCAGGUUUCCUGGCCUGUAGCCUAAGCAGAGCAAAAUAUCUGCCUUGGGUGUCCAACACAAUGUCACCCCAUCUCAGAGCCAUCACUGCAUCAGUCGCCCACCCCAAAUCCCUUAGACAAACCCUCUAAUGCAAACCAACUGCGGCACAAGAAACAAAUGAAAACAAUUUAAGAGGGCGAUGGAUAUUCGGGCCCUUUGUUUGCGCUGGCUGUUAACACCAGAGGAGAGGAGGGAUGGAAGCAGUUUAAAUGUGUAUCUACUUUGGCCGGCGGAAAGUGUGACGGAUGCGCCAGAAGACCAAUGGCUGAGGAUGCUGGGGUGUGCGUGGGUGUGAAAGGAAUGCUCGCUGCAAAGAAAAGAGAAAAAAAAAGAGAAGAAAGAGCCUUAUCAAUGGUGUUUGAGCCCAAAGUGUGUGUCUUCCUUGGAGAAAGGGUUUUCUCAAUCCCCAGGGAUGAUAUUUUCCCUGCAUGAGACUUUGAGGCUUCUGAAGCUUCAUUUUAGGGUGCUGGUGUUAGGCUGGUGCUACAGGGAUGGCCAGAGGCAACUGUCGUCAGCUCCUCAAGGGAACCUCCUGGGAAAUGCAUUUUAUUUUCGCAGAGAUGCUUAUAAGGCAAAGGGGAGGAAAAAAAAUAAGGCUCUAUGAUGCUGAGCAUGUGUCCCUGUCAGGACCAGUGUUGCUGUGGUGCCAGCACCUCUCAGGUAGUGGCUGCUGGCAUCCCCAUCCCAUGCUCAUGAGUGGAAAUAUGCUGGUCUAGAGCUGAUCAGGAAGAUGGAUCUGGGAGGUUCUUCUCCAGUCGCUUGCUACUCCCUCUUCCCCACACCUCUGGGGCUCAGUGGGCUCCAUACACCCAGCCCUGAGUAAAGGCUUAGCCCCUGCACUCUUUGGGGAGCUCACAGAUAUCUUCCAGAAGGCAAAUACCCCAUAGGGCAGGCAGCUGAAAAGGGAAAGGGUUGGUGCAUUCCCAGAGAGUGCAGGAGGGGAGGCCAGCACUGGGAAACUCCCUGUCCAGCAAUGGAAGGGCUGGAGCUGUUUGGUUCCCAGCAAGUUGCCUAGCAAAGAACAGCGUCUCAGCCCUGGGGGCUCUCUCUCCAGCUUUGAAGUGGUGAUACAUUAAUUAAUUAAAGAAGUGAUUGUGACGAGGUGUUUUUCUCUUCCCUUUCCUUCCCCUUGUAUUUAUUUUGGUGACUUUUUUUUAGAGGGAAAGGCAAAGUAAGCUGGGCUGUGGCUUUGCAGGAUAGGCUCCUUCUUAGUGCAGCAAGCAACAGGCAGCAAUGGGAAAGCUAACAUUUUUCAACUGCUUUUUAAAAAGGAGUCAUUUUUUAAUUAGUGAAUCCAUUCUGGAGAAGUGUUGGAGUUUUACAAUGUUGUAGCUGUUCUUGGUGUCUUGCCUAGACUUGGAU